AAUCAACGAACUAUCGAAUAUAUCGUGCUCGUCCCUUUAUCCCCUUCCCUUUUCCUCUACCCCGCGGCCGGCGUCAUCCCUCCGCUCCACCCAAAAGAGUGGAGAUCCGUACCAAAUUGGGCCGAUUUCUCCUGUUUAUAUUUGGCGUCGUCGAGGGGAGAGGGGAAUUCGAUCUGAAAAAUGGGGUGGUUCCGCGCCGCGUCGGGCAUAGCCCGGGUGGCGCUGCGGAGGAACCUGGCGCGCGCCCCGGCGACGCCCUUCGCCGGCCCCGCGCGCCGCCACCUCCACUCGACGGUCCCCCGUCGGUUCGCCGCGCCGGAGCCGCGCGCCGUGCCGCUCUCGCGCCUCACCGACAGCUUCCUCGACGGGACCAGCAGCGUGUACCUCGAGGAGCUGCAGCGCGCGUGGGAGGCGGACCCGGCGUCCGUGGACGAGUCCUGGGACAACUUCUUCCGCAACUUCGUCGGCCAGGCGGCCACCUCGCCGGGCAUCUCCGGGCAGACGAUCCAGGAGAGCAUGCGGCUGCUCCUCCUCGUGCGCGCGUACCAGGUGAGCGGCCACAUGAAGGCCCGGCUCGACCCGCUCGGCCUCGAGGAGCGGCCCGUCCCGGACGUGCUCGACCCCGCCUUCUACGGCUUCUCCGACGCCGAUCUGGACCGCGAGUUCUUCCUCGGGGUCUGGCGCAUGGCCGGGUUCCUCUCCGAGAACCGCCCCGUGCAGACGCUCCGCUCCGUGCUGGGGCGCCUCGAGCAGGCCUACUGCGGCACCAUCGGCUACGAGUACAUGCACAUCGCCGACCGCGACAAGUGCAACUGGCUCCGGGAGCGGAUCGAGACCGUCAACCCCAGGGAGUACGCCUACGACCGCCGCCAGGUCAUGCUCGACAGGCUCAUCUGGAGCACGCAGUUCGAGAACUUCCUCGCGCAGAAGUGGACCACCGCCAAGCGCUUCGGCCUCGAAGGCGCCGAGACGCUCAUCCCUGGCAUGAAGGAGAUGUUUGACAGGGCGGCUGAUAUGGGUGUGGAGAGUAUCGUCAUCGGGAUGCCACACAGGGGCAGGCUCAACGUCUUGGGAAACGUCGUGCGGAAGCCCCUGCGGCAGAUCUUCAGCGAGUUUAGUGGUGGUACCAAGCCUGUCAAUGAGGGGGAGGGUCUGUAUACGGGGACUGGUGAUGUCAAGUACCAUCUGGGUACUUCGUAUGAUAGGCCUACCAGGGGCGGGAAACACAUCCAUCUGUCGUUGGUUGCAAAUCCAAGUCACUUGGAAGCGGUCGACCCUGUUGUUGCCGGGAAGACCAGAGCGAAACAGUACUAUUCUAAUGAUCUUGACAGGACCAAGAAUCUCGGGGUGCUGCUGCAUGGCGAUGGAAGCUUCUCAGGGCAGGGUGUUGUGUACGAGACCUUGCAUCUCAGCGCCCUCCCAAACUACACCACCGGUGGGACCAUUCAUCUUGUCGUGAACAAUCAGGUUGCAUUCACUACCGACCCCAUGUCGGGGAGGUCUUCGCAGUAUUGCACAGAUGUAGCCAAAGCGGUCGAGGUUCCAAUUUUCCAUGUGAAUGGUGAUGACUUGGAGGCAGUGGUUCGUACAUGUGAGCUUGCUGCCGAGUGGAGGCAAACAUUCCAUUCUGAUGUAGUGGUGGAUAUUGUUUGCUACCGUCGAUUUGGGCACAAUGAGAUUGACGAGCCCUCCUUCACCCAGCCUAAAAUGUACAAGAUAAUUAGGAACCAUCCGAGUGCACUUGAGAUAUAUCAGAACCAGCUCUUAGAGUCAGGGAAGAUCUCCAGGGAAGACAUCGACAACUUACACAAGAAGGUCAGCACUAUACUGAAUGAGGAAUUCAAAAAGAGCAAAGAUGAUAUCCCCAACAAGAGGGACUGGCUUUCAGCUUACUGGACUGGGUUUAAGUCCCCAGAACAGAUUUCACGUAUCCGAAACACUGGUGUCAAGCCAGAGAUUCUAAAACGUGUUGGAGAGGCCAUGACAACUCUGCCAGAAACUUUCAAGCCUCACAGGGCUGUCAAGAAGAUUUUUGAUCUGCGUCGCCAAAUGAUUGAGAGUGGGGAAGGCAUUGAUUGGGCCGUGGGUGAAGCUCUUGCUUUUGCAACUCUUAUAAUUGAGGGGAACCAUGUUAGGUUAAGUGGCCAGGAUGUUGAGAGGGGUACUUUCAGCCACCGGCAUUCUGUCAUCCAUGACCAGGAAACUGGAGAGCAGUACUGUCCACUUGAUAAUCUUGUCAUGAACCAAAACGAGGAACUAUUUACUGUAAGCAACAGUUCCCUGUCAGAAUUUGCUGUUUUGGGCUUUGAGUUGGGCUAUUCAAUGGAGAACCCGAACUCACUAGUUCUAUGGGAAGCACAGUUUGGUGAUUUUUCAAAUGGAGCUCAAGUGAUAUUUGAUCAAUUCCUUAGUAGCGGGGAGGCAAAAUGGCUCCGCCAGACUGGGCUUGUCGUUUGCCUUCCUCAUGGUUAUGACGGUCAGGGGCCUGAGCAUUCUAGUGCAAGAAUGGAGCGCUUCCUUCAGAUGAGUGAUGAUAACCCCUAUGUUAUACCUGAGAUGGAUCCAACAAUGAGGAAUCAAAUCCAGCAGUGCAACUGGCAGGUUGUGAAUGUCACAACUCCUGCAAACUAUUUCCAUGUUCUGCGUCGACAGAUACACCGCGAUUUCAGAAAGCCUUUAAUUGUGAUGUCUCCAAAGAACCUCCUUCGUCACAAGGACUGCAAAUCCAGUCUAUCUGAAUUCGAUGAUCUUGCGGGCCACCCUGGAUUUGAUAAGCAAGGGACACGCUUCAAGCGUCUGAUAAAAGACCGGAAUGACCAUAAGGACCUUGAGGAAGGAAUCAGACGUCUAGUUCUUUGUUCUGGAAAGGUGUACUAUGAAUUGGAUGAAGAAAGAAAGAAAUCGGAUCACAAUGAUGUUGCGAUAUGUAGAGUGGAACAGCUCUGUCCAUUCCCCUACGACCUCAUUCAGCGCGAGUUGAAGAGAUAUCCAAAUGCUGAGAUUGUUUGGUGCCAAGAAGAACCGAUGAACAUGGGGGCGUACACAUACAUCAAUCCUCGCCUGCUGACCGCGAUGAGGGCGCUUGGUCGUGGUUCCAUUGACGACAUCAAGUACGUCGGAAGGGCCCCGUCUGCAGCCACAGCUACAGGUUUCUAUACCGUCCACGUACAGGAGCAAACCGAGCUGGUGAAGAAGGCGCUGCAGCAAGACCCAAUCAACUCUCCGUUCUGAACCUGUAGAUUCUUUGAAUAGGCAUCAGAACUUCUGAUUCUACCAAUACACAAAAGCAGGUGUAGAUUAUACCUGUGCAGCAAUUUGGUGAAUAAUCGUCUCGGAUUUUUGUUGAGACAGUCGUCUCGGAUGUGUUACCGCCAGUUAGAAACGGCCUGAGGUCUAUUUUGGGUGCAUUUUUUUUCUUCUGUCGAAGCUUUUGGUCUAUUUUUGUCUACAUCCUUUUUGUGUUUUUGAAUGUACAAGGUAAACAAGCUCAAGCCGAGGAGAGGUUCUUCCUUUCAAUAAAGAACUGUAUAUCCAGUAA